AUGCGUUUCCUCUUCUCUCUCCUAGCGGCCACGGCCCUCGCCAGCGCCAUUCCAACCGCAACAAUCACCAAACGCGACGCCACAGCCGUCGUAGACGCCGUCAACACGAUCGCCAGCCAAAUGGUCGUCCUCAACAACACCGUCACCUCCUACGACGGCGGCAUCCAAGGCACCCUCACCGCCCUCAAGAUCGAAGUCGAAUCCGUCAAGCUCUCCUGCGACCUCCGCGACGCGAUCUCCACCACGCAGGCCGCCGCCAACUUCACAAACGCCGAGUCGCUGACCGUCGCAACCGCAUUCAUCAACCUCCAGCCGCAGAUCUUCUCCACGCUGAACAAUAUCGUCGCGAAGAAGCCAAAGUUCGAUACAGGGUUGUUGGGGAUCGGAUCGUUGGCGUUCCUGGUUAAGGGCAAUUUGCAGCAGCAGAAGGAUUUGUCGGGGCAGCUUGGGAACGCGGUUGCGGUGAAGUUGGCGCCGUUGUAUGCGCAGCUGGCGCCGAUGAUCAAUAAGCAGAUUGCGGAUGCGUUCGAUAAGGCUAUUGCGGCGUAUAAUUGA